UUUUUUACAGUGUUGGCCCCGCCUCCUCUCUGUGCGUAAAGACGCAUUAAGAAGUGUCGCAGCAGCAGCGGAUAAUCCAGACUGAAGCUUCACACUCAUGGUUUGAGUUCAGAUGCUGUUUGUUUGAGCUCUGAAUCGCUGAGGACAGCUGGACACUGAGCUGGAGGACGCGAAGACAGCUGGAGAACAUCUGGAGGCUGGACAGUGAGCCGAUGGAUGUAAAGACAACUGGACACUGAGCUGCUGACGCUCAGUGUAGAGGCUGGACUGUGAGCUGCAGAACAUCUGGAGGCUACACGUGGGGACAGCCGGACAGUGAGCUGGAGGACAUGAGGAAAGCCAGACAGUGAGCUGGAGGACGUGGGGACAGCCGGACAGUGAGCUGGAGGACGUGGGGACAGCCGGAUGGACAUGUCCCCACUGCAGCAGCAGCAGGUGGAGGAGCAGGAGGUGGAGGACGUCAGCCUGAGGAGAGGCAGCAUGGAGCAGGAAAAUAAACAGAGGACGAAGUCUCAGAGUUGUCGCCGUCAGUCAGCUCCGUCUCUGGUCAUCACCAAGGCCCUGACCCGGUCCAAGACUCUGUCCAGAGACAGCUUCCUGGUCCCUGUGAGUCCGGAGACGUGUCCCCUGGUGCAGUCCUUCCUCGCGGCCUCGGAGCGCUGCUUCCUCCUGCACGGACACGCCCAGCUGAGGACGGGGAUGCAGACUCAGGACAGACACCUCUUCCUCUUCAACGACGUCCUGCUCGUCGCCAAGGCCAAGUCAGAGCAACACACAGUUCAAAGGUCGGCGAACCACUUCAAGCUGAAGACUCAGGUGUGUGUGAGUGAGAUGUGGACGGCGAGCUGCGUGGACGAGGUGUGUGAGGGCAGCAUCGACACGGAGAGGAGCUUCGUCAUGGGCUGGCCCACCUGUAACUGUGUGUGUGUGUACAGUUCAGCAGAACACAAAGAGAAAUGGCUCUCACUCCUCAAAAGUCGCAUAAAAGAAGAGAAAGAGAGGGAGGAGCCUAAAACGAUUCCACUGCGAGUUUACGGGAAAGGGAUCAACAGCUUUGCUGUGACAAAGACACUUCCUGUGAGCAACUCCGAUUCAACCAAUGAGGUGAUCCGACUGGCUCUGCAGCAGUUCAGCAUCAUAGGAAACGUGAAAAACUACCAGUUGUGGGUCAUUUCAAAGAGGGACAACGCCCCCUAUCCUCUGAUUGGUCACGAGUUUCCGUUCAGCGUCCACAUGAACCACAUGAGACAGGCGGCGUCUCAGGGGGGCGGGGCCAGGGACGCGGUGGCGGCGGCGGCGCCACCUGUGGACAGAGACAGGCUGCAGGUGGGGCACGUGCAGGCCAGCAGGCAGUGUCAGUUCAUCCUGAAGCCUCGACCCGAGGAAUCGCUGCUGCAGCAGCAGCAGGUGUUUGCAGAUUUUUCUCAGAAGUCCUUCAAAAGGAGGCGUUCCCUCAUCACCUGGGCCUUCUGGCGAGGCUCCGCCUCUCACCUGAACGAGCUGUCCGUCUCUGGCGCGGCCCGCGGCUGCCUGUUCGGCCGCCAUCUCAGCUGCGUGUGUGUGGAAGACGCGUUACCCAAACCCGUCAUGGACAUGCUGGCGUUCCUGUACCACGAGGGGCCGUGGACGCGGGGAAUCUUCCGGCGUCCGGCGGGAGCUCGCGCGGUCAGAGAGCUGCGAGACUCUCUGGACGCUGGAGAGUUCCAGCUUCCUCUGACAUGUGACCACGUCUUUGUCAUCGCCGGAGUCUUUAAGGAUUUCUUACGUAACAUCCCGGGCAGCUUGCUGUGCUGCGAACUUCAUGAAGAGUGGAUGGACGUGCUGGAGGAAGAGGAGGAGGAGGAAGAGCAGGUGCAGGACGUGCAGAGGAUGAUCUGUCGCCUCCCGAGAGAGAACGCUCUGCUGCUGCGACACCUGUUAGCGCUGCUGCACGGUAUCCAGGGCAACGCUCACGAGAACCAGAUGACCGCAUUCAACUUGUCCGUGUGCAUCGCUCCCAGCAUGCUUUGGCCUCCGGGGGCGCCGUGCAGCGCGGAGGUGGAGGGGGAGGAGACCAAGAAGGUUUGUGAGCUGGUGAAGUUUAUGAUUGAACACUGUCAGCAGAUUCUGGGAGAAGACCCUCUGUCUCUGUUUGGAGGACCGCCACAGAGACGGCACUGUGACGAGACUGGAUCAGAGUCCUGGUCUUACCCUCUGACCGACUCCUCCUACGACAGCCUGGAGAACGAGCUGGACAACAGCAGCGGAGGAUCGCCCAGUUUCUGCAGCCGCCUCCGCUCCAAGCCGCUGCAGGGAAGCCUGGACUCCAUCCUCACAUCGAGUGACUGCGACCAGGACACAGGUCCAGACGGAGACCACGAUCAAAGCAGAGGUCUACACGGUCUGGAGAGAACCAGAGGCACGAAGCAGGACUCAGCGGCUGGAGGCUCCACGUCUACACUGGACUCUCUGUCUCCGGAGGGUCCACACAGACCGAGGCGGCGCUCAGAGCCGGCUAUAGCAUAUGUGGCUAAGUUUGGACCGUGUGCUUCAGGAAGCACUGAGGUCCUCAGUGGUGAGGAGGAGGACGGAGCUGAAGAUCUGUCAAAGGAGACACCCAGCAGUCACACACACUGCACAGGUGAGAGCAGGAGAGCAGGAGGAGAGUGUGAGGCCUGCUCCUCCAGCCUCUCCUCCACCACCAACUCCCCCGCACCAACACGCUCCUCCCUGGACUCUCUGGACUCCCUCAGCAGCGACAGACCAGGUCUUCUCCUGCCCAGGACGCUGCUGACCUCCAGCAGCUCCUCUGUAACAUCUCCACCCUUCAGAUUAUCUUCAGAGCAGAACACCGUCCCAAAGGGUUCUCCACCCAGAGAAGCUCUCAGCUGGGGAACUGUGAAGAGCAGCAGAGGCUUCCACCUGAACACGUGGGUGAAGAAAGGCCACAGACUCUCACUGAGCCAACAAGACAAUGCAGAGAAACAAGAAGACGACGACAAGACUGCGGGAGGAGGGGUCCCUGACAAGUGUGAGAGAGGAGGAGUGAAACAGAAGAUCUGCAGAUCCAAAAAAGAUGUGAAGAUGAAGCUCGACCCUGAAGCGCACAGACCUCCGUCUCACCACCGCUCCACAGGAAGCCUCCACCUGCCCGUACCUGCCUGGUCUCACUGCUCUGACGCCACACAGCAGACAGCAGAGCCUCAGGUGACGGAGCGGAAGCAGUCGUCGUCUCCGUCUUUCUUUUCCCAGCACAGAGGUCCGUCCCUGUCCCUGUUCAAACGACGCAAAUCUCACUCUGUGGAGGUGGAGCGUAACGCCAGGCUCCACGCUCGCCGCGCCUCAGAGCCUGGUCAGUGGCUGGUGGAGCAAGCCUCCGCCCUCAGCCACGCUCAGCUGCCCAGUGACCCAGGGCUGAAGGUGUCGCAGGUGGAUUCGCAGGGAUCCGCCUCUGAGGCUCACUUCUGCCUCUCCCCCCACUCCACCAAAGCCGUGAGGGACUACUUCUCCUCGCACCCGCGCAGUAACCCCCAGAGCAGCCAGCAGGUGGCGCUGGCCCUGGUGAAGAGUCACAGAGAGUGGCUGAGGAGAAACAGCGACCCCACAGCAGAGCCUGAUUACGAGCAGCUUCUGUUUGCCGAAGAAUCCUUUGUCUGAUUAUUACUGCGGUUGCAAUUUAGCGCGCUUUAGUGGCACAGUUAAAGGAACAGUUCAGGAAAACUGAUUCUAGGUAUGUUAAGAACACGUUCACGUCUUUCUCUCAUGGUUAGACCGACUUUUCCAACAGGAAACUGAAGUUUGUAAACCACUCACUCUCCCACACCAAAGUCCAUAGAGAAAAUCAGUGGUGUUAGCUCACGGGGACACAGAAGCUGCUGGUCUACUGCUGCCUCGUGUGGUCACUUUGUGUCACUGAGGUAAAUUCAAAUGAAGGAUGAAUGAUUUUAAUUGUCAAACUCAUAAAAUAACAUAUUUGAAGUUAGUGAUGGAGGCAGCAGUGGAUCAACAACUACUGUGGGCUGUGAUGGUAAAAUAACUGAUUUUCUCUAUGGACUUUGGUGUGGGAGAGUGAGUGGUUUACAAAGUGACACACUUUAAAAACACCUUAACUAUAUAACCUGUAGGGUCAAUAUUACUAUGAGUUAUGAUGUUUUUUUCUAUUAAAACUUAUGAACGUUCAUUAGAGUCUAAAACAGAUGAUAUUUCAUGUCGGGUGUGUAACUGAAACAGAUCUCGAUCCACUGGUUGGGUUUAAAGAAUGUUUUCAUAACUUUAUCAGUCUGCCAAUUUAAAAACAAACUGCUGUUGCCUUUCUCAAUUAUAAACACACAGAAAAUCAAUCUUCUUAUCGAUGACACAGUCAAUUUACAUAUCGAUAUUAUUAUACUAUCUUAUAUUUUAAAUGUACACCGCUGAGGGUUUUAGGUUAAGUUUGUGUGAGUAUUCUCAAUUAAGGCUUUCAUAGAAUUUUUAAAAAGGCUGCUAUUAUCUGUGCUGCUGCUUGCCAACUGUAGUCAAGGUUAUGGUAAGAUUAUCAUUGUAAAAGCUUUCUGUUAUUUACACACAGCAGAACAUUUUCAUUCUGUUGCCAACAAUGUGUUUCUUACAUUUUAAUCGCAUACAUCUUUGCAGUAUUGUUCUAUCAUGUAAAUAUUAUGAUCUUAUUUUGAAGCUUUAUAUUUAACACAGCUGAAAUUGCCUCAAGUUGUUGCUUUCUUAAGUUGUUUAAGUCACUUUACUUUGUACGUGCGUUAAUUUAUGCUUUGUUUAUGAGCCUGAAACUCAAAUAAAUACAAAUAAAAUUACCUCUGAGUGCAAAACUG